CUUUUGCCACCAUUAGCCUAUCCUAAUAAUCCAGUUAAUGCUAUAGCGACAAAAUAUGUACAUACUUCAACAAAUAAAAAUAGAUAUCCAGUUAAUGUUGUCCGAUGGACUCCUGAAGGAAGACGUUUAAUUACAGGAUUAUCAAGUGGUGAAUUUACACUUUGGAAUGGAUUGACUUUUAAUUUUGAAACUAUUUUACAGGCUCAUGAAUCAGCAGUUCGAGCCAUGAAGUGGUCUCAUAAUGAUAAUUGGAUGGUAACUGCAGAUCAUAAAGGUAUCAUAAAAUAUUGGCAGUCCAACAUGAAUAAUCUGAAGAUGAUUGAAGGUCAUAAAGAGGCUAUAAGAGAUUUAUCAUUUUCGCCAUCUGAUACAAAGUUUGCUACAUGUUCAGAUGAUGGUACAAUCAAAAUAUGGGAUUUCAAUGAAGGGAUUGAAGAAAAGACAUUAUCAGGGCAUGGAUGGGAUGUAAAAACAGUUGAUUGGCAUCCUUAUAAAUCGCUUUUAGCAUCUGGUUCUAAAGAUAACUUGAUUAAAUUUUGGGAUCCAAAAUCAGGAAAAAAUAUUGAUACUUUACAUGGUCAUAAAAAUAUGAUUCUUGGUUUACAAUGGAAUAAGAACGGCAAUUGGUUGGGAACUGCAGCAAAAGAUCAAUUAGUCAAAGUUUAUGAUAUUAGGAUGAUGAAGGAUUUACAAACCUUUCGUGGACAUAACAAAGAAGUUUGUAGUAUUUCAUGGCAUCCAUUUCAUGAAAGAUUGGUUGUUACUGGCGGUUCUGAUGGGUGUUUAAUGUUUUGGCUUGUUGGACAAGAAUCAGUGGUUGAAAUAGUCGAAUUUGCUCAUGAUCAAAAUGUUUGGUCACUUGAUUGGCAUCCAAUUGGGCAUAUAUUGGUGUCUGGUUCUAAUGAUCAUUCUACAAGAUUUUGGACAAGAGCUCACCCAGGUGAUACUGUACAAGACAAAUAUCAUGUUGGUAGACAAAAGGCUGAAGAACUUGGAUUGAAGGAUGUUGAUGAAGAAGAAGGUAACUAA